UCUUCUUUUUCUUUUCAAUUUAAGCAGCUCUCACCAUUUUUGUUUUGUUUUUUUUUUUCUCUCUCUCUCUCUCUAUUUAAACUCUCUCAAAACCCAAUAUUCUUCCCAAUUCUACAAAAUUUGAAGCAAAGUAAUUAUGGGAAGGCCUCCAUGUUGUGAUAAAGAAGGUGUGAAGAAAGGUCCAUGGACUCCUGAAGAAGAUAUUGUUCUUGUUUCUUAUAUUCAACAACAUGGCCCUGGCAAUUGGAGGGCCGUUCCUUCUAAUACAGGUUUGCUUAGAUGUAGCAAGAGUUGUAGAUUGAGAUGGACCAACUAUCUUCGACCUGGGAUCAAAAGAGGUAACUUUACUGAUCAAGAAGAGAAAAUGAUUGUUCAUCUUCAAGCCCUUUUGGGAAAUAGAUGGGCAGCGAUAGCUUCAUAUCUUCCGCAGAGGACGGAUAACGAUAUAAAGAAUUAUUGGAAUACGCAUUUGAAAAAGAAGUUGAGGAAGGUUCAAGUGAGACCAAAUAGUUAUGGAGAUACAUCAAAGCAAGGAAUGGCAAGAGGACAAUGGGAAAAGAGGCUUCAAACUGAUAUUAGAAUGGCAAGACAAGCAUUAUGGGAAGCUCUUACACCACAAACUUCAACUACUAAUUUCAGCUCUGAAUUAUUAUUAAGCCCUUCACUUGGUUGUUUCUCAACAAAGCAAGCCCAAGCUCAAGCUCAAGCUCAAGCUCAAGCCCAAGCCCAAGCUCAGGCCCAAGCUCAAGCUCAAGCUCAAGCUCAAGCACAAGCCACAGCUUAUGCUUCGAGCACUGAGAAUAUAGCCAAAUUGUUGACUGGAUGGAUGAAGAAUAAUAAUCCUGCCAAGACCGCGGCUAAAACCGAGUCGAGUGGUGGCAGCGGUGGCGAUGGGGAAUUCAGGUCGAUUUUGAGAUAUCAGUGUUGUGAAAAUGGUAACUGUGAGAAUCAUGAGGAGGGGAUGAGUUGUGAAGGAUUGCCAUUUUCUAUGAUUGAGAAAUGGUUGUUCGAGGAAAGUGGGGGCGGAGCUCAACCAAGAGAUUGUGAGCUUAAUGAUAUUGGAAUAUUGGAUGAAACUAUAUGAAUAUUUAAGAAAUUAGACAUCAUUAUCUUUC